AUGGCAGAGGCCAGUAUCUCAGUGGGUCAGGACCAGUUUGCCUGUUCGAUCUGUCUGGAUCUACUGAAGGAUCCUGUGGCUAUUCCUUGUGGACACAGUUACUGUAUGGGCUGUAUUAAGGGCUGCUGGGAUCAAGAUGAUCAUACUGGUGUCUACAGCUGUCCCCAGUGCAGACAGACCUUCACCCCAAGGCCUGUUCUGGGCAGAAACACCAUGCUGGCUGAAGUGGUGGAGAAACUGAAGAAGACAGGAUUCCAAGAUGCUCCUCCUGCUCAAUGUUACGCUGGACCCGGAGAUGUGUUAUGUGAUGUCUGCACUAGGAGAAAGCUCAAAGCCAUCAAGUCCUGUCUGGUGUGUCUGGCCUCUUACUGUGAAACUCACCUGCAGCCUCACUAUGAAUCUCCUGCUUUUAAGAAGCACAAACUGGUCCAAGCCACUGGACACCUGCAAGAGAAGAUCUGCUCUCAUCAUGACAAAGUGCUGGAAGUUUACUGUCGUUCUGAUCAGCAGUGUAUCUGUUAUCUGUGUACGAUGGAUGAACACAGAGGCCAUGAUACAGUCUCAGUUACAGCAGAAAGGACUAAGAAACAGAAGCAGCUGGGAGACACACAGAGGAAAUUCCAGCAGAGAAUCCAGGAGAGAGAGAAGGAGCUGCAGGAUCUGAGACAGGCUCUGGUGUCACUCACGCGCUCUGCACAGGCAGCAGUGGAGGACAGCGAGAGGAUCUUUACUGAGAUGAUCCACUCCAUUGAGAGAAGGCGCUCUGAGGUGAAAGAGCUAAUCAGAGAUCAGGAGAAGGCUGCAGUGAGUCGGGCUGAAAGACUCCUGGAGCGACUGGAGCAGGAGAUUGCUGAGCUGAGGAGGGGAGAGGCUGAGCUGGAGCAGCUUUCACACACAGAGGAUCACAUCCAUUUCCUCCAGAGCUGUCAGUCUCUUUGUGCCCCUCCUGAAUGUGGAGACUUACCUCGCAUCACAGUUAAUCCACACAUCUCUUUUGAGGCUGUGCGGAAAUCUGCCUCUGAACUGAAGGAACAACUGGAGGAUGCUUGCAAGGGGAAAUUUGACAAAAUGUCUCAAGCAGAACACCAUGGAGAAAUGAAAUGGUUUGUGAGCUGAAACGCAAUUGUCGCAAAGCAGAAGUGAAAGAAAUCCAUGUUUUAGAGGCCAGGACCAGGG